AUGCAGAUGGAGACCAAUUUGAAACAACUCAUCAGAGGUGUGGUCAAACUGAAGGACGGACAAGAGUGUGGGUGCACAAGGUCAGACACCGCAACAACCGCAACAGACACUGGGGAUGAAGGGGAGGGAGAGGGACUGAAUGGUGGGAAAACGAGGGAGGGAAGUGGGGGUGUCGACGGGGCUCUGAGUUGUGUGUCUCCGCCCAAAACCAGACUGCACAUCAGUACAAAGCAGGAAAUUUUGAGAGUGUACAAGAGAGCUAGUGGGGAUGACAUUGAGAUUGGGGUGAAAAUGGACAGCGAAGGGUACCAGCGCAAUCUGCAGUGGCGACAACAACAACAGCAGCAACAACAACAACAGCAGCAAAUCAAGGAUCAAGAAAAAGAGGCGCAACUUAAUGAUCAGGAAUGUGAAGAUGGAAUCAGGAGAUGUCACCAUCAGCAUAACCACAACCACAACCACUCCAAGAUCAGACCAGGCACCGCCCCCCUCGUGAGUCCAGGGUGGCAGAGACGCAUGCAGGACCAAGCCGAGUCACAUCUUGAAGACAUUUCCACUCGUGUGUUUCUACCCGACACCAACUCAUUUGGGGAAGGUGCUGAUACUAUUCAUGAAGAGGAGAAGAUAUUUGAUCCUAAACAGCUGUACCACUACACCCCACGCAAACACCAGGACGACUAUCCCCCCUGCAACCACGCACACGGACCAUACGGACUCAAAUAUUGGAUCGAUGAAAUCACAAAACGCAUUCAUCAGAAGCAGAAAGCGAAGCUGGGGAAGAACUACAAGGCCAAGCCACCAAAACCCAAAAAACCAGCUCCCCCAUUCGUGCGCAGUGAUAGUACAGAGAGAAUCAUGCAGAUGGAGACCAAUUUGAAACAACUCAUCAGAGACAACGAAAAGGCAGCUAGAAUUGAGGCCAGACUGAAGGCAUCCCAUCUGGACGAAGACACCAAAGACGAACUCAUGUUCUUGGGCCUCAUGGACUGUCUGCACUUAAAGCACUAAAUCAACCUGUAGAA